AUGGCGCUGAGCCGCUUUCCCAAGUUCAAGUUUUUUAAUGUUACGGUUCCGGCGCAAUAUGUGGUGCAGGUCGAGAUCAACCGCCCAGAAAAGCUCAAUGCUUUCUUCGCGCCCAUGUGGUUCGAAUUGAAGGGCAUCUUCGACGUGUUGUCCCACGAUCCCGAAGUCCGUUGUAUCUUGCUUUCUGGCGCCGGAGAUCGAGCGUUUACCGCAGGCUUGGAUGUGGAGCAAGCAGCCAAAGCUGAUAAUCCUUUCUCAUCGAAUUUUCCGGAUCCCUCACGGAAGGCGACGGUGCUACGGCGGCAUAUAUUUGAGCUACAGGAAGUCAUCUCAGCCAUCGCUCGCUGUGAGAAGCCUGUGAUUGCGCUGUUGCACGGGUACACUUAUGGGCUUGGGAUCGACCUGUCAUCGGCAUGCGAUUUGAGGUUUUGCACCAGCGACACCAAGUUUUGCGUUAAGGAAGUUGACAUUGGGUUGGCGGCAGACGUGGGGACUCUAAGCCGAUUGCCCAAAGUCGUGGGGGGUGUGACCAGUUGGGUGAAAGACGUAUGUCUCAGUGCACGACCGUUUUCCGCAGAGGAAGCACUCAAGAACAACUUUGUGAGCCAAGUAGUGGACGGGGGAAAGGCUGAGGUCAUUCAAGAAGGGGUCAAAUACGCAAAAUACCUCUCGAGCAAGAGUCCUGUGGCCGUACAGGGCACCAAGAACAUCCUCGAUGCAGCGUGGGGAAGGACCGUCGAGGACAAUCUCAACUACACCGCCGUGUGGAAUGCGGCCAUGGUACAGAGCACUGAUGUUCAAAGAGCCAUGCUCAGCGGACUACAGAAGAGGACGCCGACAUUCGAAAAGCUGUAG